AUGGAGCCCACCCAGCCUGCAGAUGACCUCUGCCUGGCCCAGUUUCCCCCUGUCCCAGAGUCCAGGAAUCUGGAAGAACUCAGAGAUGAGACCCCUGACAGUUCAGACACUGUGGUCCUCAGCCUCUUCCCCUGUACCCCAGAGCCUGGAAAUUCUGAAGUGGAUGCUGGGGUCCCCUCACCACAGGCAGGUAGCUCCCUGAAGCACUCCACCACCCUCACCAACAGGCAGCGUGGGAAUGAGGUCUCGGCCCUGCCAGCCACCCUGGACUCCCUAUCCAUUCACCAGCUCGCAGCCCAGGGGGAGCUGAGCCAGCUGAAGGAACACUUGAGGAAAGGGGACAACCUAGUCAACAAACCAGAUGAGCGUGGCUUUACACCCCUCAUCUGGGCCUCGGCCUUCGGUGAGAUCGAAACUGUCCGCUUCCUGCUUGAGUGGGGGGCCGAUCCACACAUCUUGGCCAAGGAGCGGGAAAGUGCCCUGUCACUGGCCAGCACAGGUGGCUACACAGACAUCGUGGGGCUACUGCUGGAGCGGGACGUGGACAUCAACAUCUAUGACUGGAAUGGAGGGACUCCCUUGCUGUAUGCUGUGCGGGGGAACCACGUUAAGUGCGUGGAGGCCUUGCUGGCCCGAGGAGCUGACCUCACCACGGAGGCUGACUCUGGCUACACCCCAAUGGACCUUGCUGUGGCCCUAGGAUACCGCAAAGUGCAACAGGUGAUUGAGAACCACAUUCUCAAGCUCUUUCAGAGUAACCUUGUGCCCACCAACCCCGAGUGA